AUGGAGAAUACAUACGGACAUGGGAUUGCAUGGAGGAGAGGUCCGAUGCUAGGGAAAGGAAGUUUUGGCUCUGUAUAUCUGGCAACUGCAAAGAAUCCAUCAAUCCAUUAUAGGUGCCUUCCGUUGGUCAUGGCUGUGAAAUCAGCAGAGGUUUCGGUUUCAAGUUCGCUUCAGAAGGAGAGAGAAGUAUUAAGUUAUCUCAGUGGCUGUCCGGAUAUCAUUCAGUGCGUCGGCGAUGAAACAACAAUCGGCAGCGAUGGCAGAAUGGUUUACAACUUGCUGUUGGAGUAUGGUUCUGGUGGGACGAUUGCAGAUAGGAUCAAGAAAUCGGGCUACAGGGGAUUGCCCUUACGCGAGGUAAGGUGUUUUACUAAAUCUAUUCUUAAAGGGUUAAGUUACAUUCAUGAAGUUGGUUUCGUACAUUGUGAUUUGAAACCUGAAAAUAUCUUGCUUGUGCCCAAAUCAAGAAAAACAAAUACAGAAUUUAUUGCGAAAAUUUGUGAUUUCGGGCUUGCUAGAAGAGUUCAGAAGAGCAAGAAGAGGAAACUAGAGCGCUACUUUAAUGGCACUCCUAUGUAUCUGUCGCCUGAGGCCGUGAGGGAUGGUGUGCAAGGAACCCCUUGUGAUAUCUGGUCACUUGGAUGUGUUGUGCUGGAGAUGUUAACUGGAAAACCUGCAUGGGAUGAAGGGAUGGAUGAGGAGAGUGCCUUGAACAAGAUUGGUAAAGGGACUGCAGUUCCUAAAAAACCAAGAAAUUUGUGCCAAAGUGCCAAGAGUUUUCUCAACUGUUGUCUCAAAAGAAUGGUUAAGGGUAGACUGUCGGCUAAAACAUUGUUACACCAUCCAUUCGUGAACGGAUUGAACGAUGAUGAUGAUGAUUAUGAUUACGAUAAUGAUAAUGGAGUGCUUGAAGAAGAAGAUAUUGAUGAUAUGGAUGAAGAUUGCAGCUGUUUAUCUGCAGAGCACUGA